UUUAGCGCAAUUGUGUGAUCCGAAUCCAACUAACAAGAACAAGAAGAUUUUAUUCUACGAGAUGUCAUUGCAUCUGAGAUCCACUGUGAGAAGAGCUCUGUUGCUGGCUAACAAGGCAGGUAAUGGGCCGAUUGCUAUUAGCGGACAGAGAGCUGCUUUUGGCAAUGCUUCGGCUUUGGGAAGCGCGGCUGCAUCGCCUAAUUUGAAACCGACAAUUCAAACGAGUCUGUACGACAACAACAUUGUCACUUCGCCUUACACAGAUUGCGAGUUUCACGACAUGACGCUGACGCAAAAGUUCUUUGAAAGCGCCGUUCGUUGGCCGGACAAAAUCGCAUUGGAAUGUGGCAUUUCUGGUCGUCGAUACACUUUCAACACAAUGAGCCAAGCUGUCCGCCGCUUUGGUAGUGCUUUAACGCGUAUGGGACACACUAAAGGUGAAGUUAUGGGUUUAGUCUCUCCCAACGUUCCCGAAUUUUCGAUCGCCGUGUUUGGAGCCGCUGGUGUCGGGAUGCCCGUCGCCCUCGUCAAUCCGACCUACACUGCAGAUGAAAUUGCUCGACAGAUGAUACUUGUUGAAGCGACGUGUUUAUUCGGAGUGUCCGAGAUGGCGGAAACAUUGAAAGCCGUAGCUCAACUGUGUCCUACCAUCCGGCGAAUUAUUUUGUUGGGCCCAAGUCAGGACGGAUGUGUUUCUUAUCAAAAUAUGAUGCAAGAUUCUGGUGAUCUUUUUAACGACAACAUUGAUAUCGAUAUCGAUAACGACAUCUUCAUUCUACCUCAUUCUAGCGGCACUUCUGGAUUGCCAAAGAAUGUGAUGCUAACUCAUUCGUCUGUCGGUAAAAACAUUCAGCAAUGCUUGCAUCCCGAAGGCACCAACACCCGACCUGCCACAGCUACCCAUCAGGAAACGUACAUCGGCUUGUUACCGUUCUUUCAUUCCUAUGGCAUGGUUGGAUUAGUGUUGACCGCUGUUGAAGGCGGUGCAAAGUUGGUGACGCUUCCGCGGUUCGAUGUACCCAGUUUCCUGAAAGCUAUUGAUGAUCAUCAGCCGACAUACUUGCAUUUGGUGCCACCGUUGGUUUCUCUUUUGGCUAACCUUCCGCAGCUGAAAGAACAAUCCUACAGCCGAGUUCACACCGUUUUCUCUGGAGCGGCUCCACUCGGAGCUCCGUUAGCCAUGAAACUUCUCGAAAGAUUCAAACACCCCGUAUCCUUCCAAGAAGCAUACGGACUGACUGAGAUUUCACCAGCAGUCAUGGUGGGACCACUGGGUAAUAAGAAACUGGGUUCUUGUGGUUCACUUCUAUUCGGAACUCAGGCCAAGAUCGUUGACCUGGAAACCGGCCAAAGAACAUUAGGACCUUACGAGGAUGGUGAGCUCUACGUGCAUGGGCCACAGGUCAUGAAAGGAUACUUCAAAAAUCAGCAAGCCACCGACGAAAUGAUUGACGCCGAUGGAUGGGUACGCACAGGUGACAUCGGUCAUUACGACGAAGACGGUCAUUUCUUCAUCGUCGAUCGCCUAAAGGAAUUGAUCAAAGUCAAAGGGUUCCAGGUUGCCCCGGCCGAGUUAGAAGAAAUCCUUACCACCCAUCCGGCCAUCAAGGAAGCAGCCGUGAUUGGAAUCCCGGAUGAAAGAGCUGGAGAACUGCCUCGUGCAUACGUCGUCAAGAAACCUGGAAUGGAAUCUGUCAGUGAUGCCGAUAUCGACACAUUCGUCAACGCCAAAGUGUCAGCCCACAAACAAUUCAAAGGAGGUAUCCAGUUCUGCAAUUCUAUUCCGAGGAACACGAUGGGCAAAAUCCUGCGCAAAGAAUUGCGAGUUCAAUAUGCCAACAGUUCCAAGUAAGACGCUUUCAUUUACGCUUGCAAAUUGUACACACUAAUUAUAUCUCUACACCAUUACCUGUUAACGCAUAUUUCGCGCAUUGAGCGGCACUUGUCUGCUAAUAUUCACGUGAAAUCAAAAAUGUUUUUAUUAAAAUGCAACAA